AUGUCACCACUCACCGUCUACGUUUCUGGUCAUACCAACGAUACCAGCCGUGGCAUAUAUCAGUAUGAAUUCGAUACAGAGACUGGCGUAUUAACACCGAAAGGCUUGGCGGCCGAAUCAAAGAAUCCUACUUUUUUCGCAUUCCACAAAAGUGGUCAGCAUCUGUACGCUGUCAAUGAAGUGGCAGAGUACAAGGACCUGCCGACUGGGUAUCUGUCGGCGUACAAUGUCGACAAGGAUACUGGCAAACUGACGUUGGCCAACGAACAACCGACCGACGGUGAAGAGCCCUGUCACCUUGCUCUUGAUACUAUUGGCGGCGAGUACGUCUUGGUUGCCAACUACAGUGGAGGUUCGGUCGCGUCGUUCCCCAUCAUUUCACCCGGUUCACCUCAAUCGAGGUUGGGCGAAGCUGUCUGCGUUCAUCGUCAUGCCAAUCAUCACAAGGCCAGUGGAGGUAUUCCUGACCGUCAAGAAAAGCCCCACGCUCACUCGGUGGACAUUGACCCUACGGCUCACAAGUGGAUGAUCUCGAUGGAUUUGGGCUGUGAUUUAGCUAUUGUCUAUCAAUUCGAUCGGCGUAACGGUGGUAAGCUGGCUCCUCACAGUACGUUCCAAUUUCCCAAGGGAACCGGGCCUCGCCAUUUGAAAUUUGCUCCUCACAACGACGGCUACUGCUACGUGAUCAGCGAAUUCUCCAACGUCAUUUUUAUGCUCGAGUUCAACUUUUUGGAGGGUAAAUUCUAUGAGGUGCAACGUAUUAAUGGCUUGCCCGAUGAUUUCAAGGGUGAAAAUCUGGGUUCCGAGAUUGAUAUUUCUCCCGACGGUAAACACCUGUACGCUUCCAUGCGCGGCCACGAUUCCAUCGCCAUGUAUACCAUUGAUGAAUAUACGGGCAAAUUAUCCCUGAUUGGACAUCAGUCUUCGGGUGGCAAGCAUCCCCGUCACUUUACCAUUGAUCCCAAGGGUCGCUUUUUGCUGGUGGGCAACAAGGAUUCAAAUAAUAUCACUGUAUUCAAAAUUGAUCAAGAGACGGGUCGUUUAACCGAGGUUCACAAAGCGGAGCACGAGCAACCCACUUGCAUCAAAUUCCGUCCAUGA